AUGUGGUUGCAUUUGGGAGAUCAGCUUGCAGGAGAGUCAUGGACUGGAGAGCCACUGCGUCAGUCAUACACAAUUGGCCAUCCGAAAGAUAGCAAACUCCGUCAUUUAGAGUCAAAUGGAUGGUACUUCGGGUUCCGAUUCAAGAUUUGGGGUCUGACAUGUACCAAGAAGAAGAACUAUAAAUGCUUCCUAGAGGCUUGGCUUACAAAGCUACUCAGAGGCAUUGACCACUGGGAAGGAUAUGCCAUCAUGAGGCUAACUCGCGCCAACCAUUCAUGCGGCCCUCAGAUCCUCUUACGCCCCAUAGUCCCACGCUAA